AUGACUUAAGUACCCCAUAACAAUUGUGAACUUAGCUGCAUUAAAUGGAUUAAAUGUGAGGUUAAGGAACAACACACAUAAUGAGUACCCAAAAAGGAAAUAACACACGUUCAAGGCCACAAAAACAUCAAAAUAAAUCAUCUUUCAAAAACUCCCUUCACGAUACAAGUCAUCGAACGAAAUUCAUCAACAACAUUCAAGUCAGUGAUGUUUGUACGAGAUGUAAAGACGUAAUUGAAUGGAAAAUUAAAUACAAAAAAUAUAAACCACUUACUCAACCCAAAAAAUGCGUCAAAUGCGAACAAAAAACCGUUAGAAAAGCGUAUCACGUAAUGUGUAGGGAUUGUGGAAAAAAGUUAAGUGUUUGCACGAAAUGUUGUCAAUCAAAAGAAAUUAUUCCAGCCCCUCCAGAUCAGGAGGAACAAUUAAAAUUGGAUAAAGAACUUCAAGUUCUUUUACAAUCAUUAUCAGAAAGGAAACGAAGAACUUUUUUAAGAUAUAUGAAUAAAAAAGAAAAAGACUUGGGGGAGACUUCUGAACAGAAAAAGGAUGAUUUAGUUAAGAAAUUAAACGAAUUAAAUGUUAAAGAUGAUUCUGAAUUUGGAGAUUUAGACGAUGAUGAUGAUUAUAAUGAUGAAGAAGAUAUUAGCGAUUAAUUAUAAUAAAUAAAAUUAAUUUUAUAUAAAAAUCUGUCAUUUAAUUCCUGUCAAUGUCAAUACAUAACCUAAAAUUUUUC